AUUUUAUACGGAAAUGAAUAUAAAGACUUUUGUUUUUAUCGAUUUGGAAACAACUGGAUUACGUAAUUAUAAACAUGCAGCAAAAAUAACUGAAAUGUGUUUAGUUGCUGUGAAUCGUUGUCAUUUAAUGUCAAAUUUGCCAAAACAAAUACCGCGAAUUUUAAAUAAAUUAAAUUUGUGUUUUUAUCCUCAAAAACAAAUUUCUCCGCAUGUUUCGGAAUUAACCGGAUUAUGCAACUAUUCUUUGGAAAAUAUUCAACCUUUCUCAAUUCUAUCAUAUGAACUUAUAGAUAAAUUUAUUAAGCAUCAAGAGAGUCCAGUGUGUUUAGUGGCACAUAAUGGUUUUAAUUUCGAUUAUAUGGUUUUAAAUGAUCAGUUACAACAAUUAGGGAAAAAAUUGCCAGAUGAUGUACUUUGUAUGGAUACGCUACCAGCAUUUAGACACAUAUUUACAUCUCCACCAAUUAAAACUGAACAAAACAGUAUGGAAUGUGAUUCGGAUAUUUUUGGUUCCAUUUCACAAGAAAUCGAUUUAUUAAAAACAGUGGAAUCAUUAGAAGAAAAUUUGAACAUUUCUCCAAAUUCAAAAAUUAUUAAUAUUAUAAAACAACAACAAAUAAUAAACGAAUCCACUCCAAAGAAAACUGCAACAACUUCAAAUAAUAUUAAAUUCAAUCCUAAAAAAAUUAAAAAUGAUGUAAAUGAUACGGUUGAUGCAAGUGUUCCAUGCAAUUCAAAGGCUAGAAGGAAGCUAGAUUAUGAUAAAGAGAAACCAAUUUCGUACAAAUUAGGUGAUAUUUACAAAUUUAUUUUUAAACAAGAUAUGCCAACAGCCCAUCAAGCUGAAUACGAUGUUUACGCUUUGAUGAAGUGUUGCAGUGAAUUACAUAAUCCAUUUUUAGAUUAUGCUGAUAAUAAUUGUAAAUCUUUAAACGAUUUUUAUUCAGACUGACAUAUUUUUUUAUUAUUAAUUUUAUGGUUUUUUAAUAUUAUGGCAAUUAUACAAAAAAUUUUAUCAUCGACAAUUUUAUCAAUCAAUACCAUAAACGAUACAUUUGUUACCAUCGGAAACACUUGUUUCUUUUAUACAAGAGUAAAAGUUGGCUGCAACAUGUAUAUAAUAUUUGAAAAUAUCGAGUUUUAUCGUGACAUAUUUUAUGGACAGUCCCGUAGGGACAAUAACAUAUAGACAAAGUUUUACAUGACAAUGAUUUGAAUAAAGAGUUUUACAAUUUACAUUUAGCAAUAAUCAAUAAGUUCCUUCAGUAAAAUCAACUGACAGGGGCCAACCUUGAAAAUUUCAAAGCAAAACAGUGCAAUUUAAUUAAUUCAAAAAUUAUUUUAAAACAGAAUUAAAAGAUCGAAUCAGUUAAAUUGAGCUGUAUGCUUAAUUCUGAUAUUAUUUUUUAAAUGUGUACAUAAACGUUUUUAAAGUAAUAAAGAAACAAAUUAUUAUUUCUCGAUGCAUGCACAACUAAAUCUCUUU